UGGUGCUUUCGGUUUAGCCGGAAGAGCCCUGUGAGGUAGAAAGGCUGCAAGUCAGUGAGUUCUUCAGAAUAUAAUUUGCAUUCCGCGUCCUUGUGGGGAGUAUCUGAAAUCCUUCUGCCGGGAACAGAUUCUCUGGUAUUUGUGUAAUGAUUAAUGGUGAGGAUCUGUGACACCCAGGCCGUAUCUUGGUGUGCCAGCCGUGUACAUGCAGCUGAGAGAAGAGCGAGCUCUGUAAAACAGCCUUUAGUCGCCUCUCAAAAUGCUGCUAAGAGCGCUCUGCUGCUGCCUGUUCUUAGGAACCAUUUUGGUUACCGGUAAGGAAGAUAAAGGACAUAUAUCUGUUGUGCUUUUGGGGGCUACUGGAGACUUGGCCAGAAAGUACCUGUGGCAAGGGCUCUUCCAGCUUUAUCUGGACCAGGCAUCAGAAGAGCACACCUUCAGCUUUCAUGGAGCCGCUUUAACGCCACUGGAGAAAGGCCAAGGUCUGAUGUUUGAUAUUCUGAAGUCUCUGUCGUGUCCUGCGGAUGUCUUGGCAGACAGAUGCGCUUUGCUGAAGGACCAGUUUCUAAAGCUCAGUAGCUACAGGCAGCUGAAGACGGGAGAGAAUUACACGGCUCUACAUCAGGACAUUACUAAUUCCCUGUCUGAAGAAGGUCUCCGUGAGGCUGGGAGGCUCUUCUACCUAUCUGUGCCACCAUUUGCCUACGCAGAUAUUGCUCGGAACAUCAAUGCCAGCUGCCGGCCCACACCUGGAGCCUGGUUGCGCGUGGUCCUGGAGAAGCCAUUUGGCCAUGACUACGAGACGGCAAAGGAACUGGCGGGAGUUCUCCAGACGUUCUUCCGAGAAGAGGAGAUCUAUAGAAUCGAUCACUAUUUAGGGAAACAGACUGUUCAGCAAAUUCUGCCUUUCCGACGCAGAAACCAAAAGCAUCUGGAUCCCAUAUGGAACCGCCAGCACGUGGAUAGGAUAGAGAUUGUCAUGAAAGAAACAUUGGAUGCAAAAGGCCGCACUAGUUUCUAUGAGGAAUAUGGCGUCAUUCGUGAUGUCAUCCAGAACCACCUGACAGAGAUCCUGACUUGUGUUGCUAUGGAGGUGCCCCUAAACCUCAGUAACUCAGAUGAAGUUGUGCGAGAGAAGCUGGAGCUCUUGGGCUCUCUGGACAGCCUCGAGCACGGCAGCGCCGUUGUUGGCCAAUAUCAGGAUUACUUGACGCAAGUGAGGGAGGAGCUGGAAAAGCCGGCACAUUUCUUCACAAACACUCACACCUUUGCAGGUGUGCUGGUUCAUGUGGAAAACGUGAGAUGGGAUGGGAUCCCGUUCAUCUUAGCAUCAGGCAAAGCUCUGGAUGAGAGGACGGGAUAUGUGCGUGUUGUCUUUAAAGACCGCACCUUCUGUGUGCAGAAAGAGUUGAACAGAGAGCCUGAGAAAAGCCUGUGUGCGCCAAAACAGAUUAUUUUCCACAUUGGUCAUGGCGAGCUGGGGUUUCCAGCUAUCCUAGUCAGUAGGGGCCUUUUCAAGCCCAGCAUGCCAGCAAGCAGUAAAUGGAAGGAAGUUUCCGAGCUGCCACCAAUACAUAUAUUUGGGCAACCUCUUUCUGAUUUCUAUGUAUACAGUCCUAUUCACGAGAGAGAUGCUUACGCCGUUCUUAUAUCCAACAUCUACUGGGGAAGGAAGGAAUCUUUUGUCACAACCAAGAACCUUUUGGCUUCCUGGAGUUUCUGGACUCCACUUCUGGAUAUUUUGGAAGGCCAGUCACCUAGAUUGUACCCAGGAGGUUCAGAGAAUGGUCAGUUGCUGGAUUUUGUCAUACAGGAUGGUGGUUUACACUUUGUUUCAGAUCAGCACCUAGAGAUGGUAAAUGUGGGGCAGAAGGUGGAUAAUUUUGCUACUCUUAGUUCAAAGUUCCUUAAUAGCACUAUGGUGUCUGAUUGGGCUGAUCAACUAAUACAGAAACUUGCUAAUGAUAUACAGGAGGCAGCUAAGGAAGCAGUGAAGCGCUCUGGUACUUUCCACCUGGCACUGUCAGGUGGUUCAAGCCCUGUGGCUUUGUUCCAGAGGCUAUCCAGGUACCACCAUGGAUUCCCCUGGAAACAUACCCAUUUGUGGCUGGUAGAUGAGCGAUGUGUGCCAUUUUCAGACCCAGACUCCAACUUUGGGAGCUUAGAGAAACAUCUCCUGCAACAUGUGAGACUACCAUACAUAAAUAUUCAUCCUAUGCCAGUUAGCAAGAACCAGAGACUCUGCGCAGAGGAAGAUCUGGGUUCAGAAACGUAUGCCCAAGAUAUAUCUGCUCAUGUACUUAAUGCCAGCUUUGAUCUGAUUCUUCUUGGUUUGGGCACAGAUGGUCAUACAGCUUCUGUAUUCCCUGGCAGUAAAGAGGGGAUUACAGGAGAUAAACUUAUAGUCCUAACAGAGAGCCCCUCAGAGCUGCGACAGAGAAUGAGCUUCAGUCUCGCACUCAUUAACAAGGCGAAACGCGUUUCUGUUCUGGUACUAGGGAAAGGAAAACAUGACAUCAUAACGCUCAUUAGCAGAGCAAAAAAGAAUCCAACGAAGUGGCCAGUCACAGGUGUGAAUCCUACUUCUGGAAAACUAGUGUGGUACAUAGACUAUGACGCUCUACUGAAAUAAAAUACUUUUUGUACUGAUUGAA